GCCGCUCUUCCCCAUGAGCAGCCGCGCGGCGGACGGCGCGGGGCUCGAGCGGCCGCCAGAGGAUGGCACACCAGAAGCACCAGGUGAAGAAUCGAGAAGGCUCACCAGGCAGCAGCUAUUUACCAUGCUUGCAGCAGCUUCCAUAAACUUCAGCUCAAUGAUAUGCUAUUCCAUCCUGGGCCCCUUUUUUCCUGGAGAGGCAGAAAAAAAAGGUGCCAAUAACACAGUUGUUGGCCUGAUUUUUGGAUGUUUUGCUUUGGUGAAUUUCUUGACUUCUUUAAUCUUGGGAAAUUAUCUUACGAAGAUUGGAGCAAAAUUCAUGUUUGUGGCAGGGAUGUUUGUAUCAGGAUGUGUAACAAUUCUAUUUGGAAUGUUGGACAAGGUGCCAAGUGGACCAAUGUUCAUUGGUUUGUGCUUUUUAGUAAGAGCAAUGGAUGCAAUAAGUUUUGCAGCAGCAAUGACAGCAUCAUUUUCAAUCCUCGCAAAGGCAUUUCCCAAUAAUAUAGCUACUGUCCUGGGCAGCCUUGAAAUUUUUACAGGGCUUGGACUGGUGCUGGGCCCCCCUUUAGGUGGCUUUUUGUAUCAAUCCUUUGGUUAUGAGAUCCCUUUUGUUACACUGGGAUGUGUGGUUUUGCUCCUAGUGCCUGUGAAUAUGUGCUUAUUACCAAAAUAUGAUUCGAUCCCUAGCAAGGAGUCAUUUUGGAAGCUCGCUCUUCUGCCGAAAGUCUUAUUUCUCUGUUUUACUAUAUUUUCUCUAAGUGCAUGCUUGGGCUUUUUGGAUCCCACAAUGUCUCUAUUUAUCUUAAAGAAGUUCAAACUCCCAGCUGGAUAUGUGGGCUUAGUGUUCCUGGGUUUGGCACUCUCAUACUCUCUGUCUUCUCCCCUCCUUGGACUCCUAAGUGACAGAAUGCCACAUCUCAGGAAAUGGCUGCUGGUGUCAGGAGGCCUAGUAACAGCCCUGUGCUUUUUCUUGUUAGGACCUGCUCCUAUACUGCACAUUGAAAGUCAGUUGUGGAUGUUUGUCCUAGUGCUGGUCUUCCUUGGCUUUUCCCUUGGAAUGAGUGCUAUCCCAGUAUUUCCAGAGAUACUGCAGUGUGCGUAUGAAAAUGGAUUUGAAGAAGGGUUGAGUCUACUGGGGCUGGUGUCUGGGCUCUUUAAUGCUGUGUGGUCCCUUGGGGCAUUUGUAGGUCCCACUUUAGGAGGAUUUCUAAAUGAAAAGCUGGGUUUUGAAUGGGCAUCGGCCAUCCAAGGAGGAUGGGCAGUGUUAAGUGGACUUGCAACUGGAGUAUUUUAUAUUGCUGAGGCCGCAAGGAAAAGCUCCAGUUCCAGCCUGCAAAACCCUCCUAGUGAUAAUGAAGAAAGAACUCAUCUAUUGGGUAGUGAAACAUAACCAGAAAUUAUUUUGAUUCUGUUUAUUAUUGUAGUUUAACUUAGUGUUUUGUUGUUCUGGACUUGGGAUACAUGAUCUCCCUAGUGAACAACCAGUUGUGGUUAAGUUGGAGCUGCAUCACUGUUUUGAAACACUAAACACUGACUGCCUUUCUUUUGGAAGUCCUCACAUGGAUUGGCUGCACUGAUGAGUAACCCUCAAAUGUCAGCCUGUUUAAUUGUAUUCUGUAUACAGUGUACCACUGUAUGUGAAGAGGUGCAUUUUUAAAUGUCUGGCUUCUGUACUUGAGCCUUCUGUGCAUUACUCUCAGAUAAAGCUACUAUUUUGCUACUAUGAUUUCUCUCUAUUUUUUUAGAAGAAAGACUAUCUUGUAACUUAACUGACACUGUAAAAUUUUGAAACAGAAUUUUGAAGUGGCAAAGCAUUUAAGCACAAUUCUGUUUUCAAUAAAGCAACUUUUUGUCCUGA